AUGCAGAAGGCAUACGCAAAGAGAGACUCCGGUGAAAUGUUGGUCAAUUCGUGGGAUACCAUGGAGAAGGGAGAUUUGGCCACAAUGACGCAAGAGCCGGACAUCCACCAGAAUGACUCCUUUGACGCCGACCUUCCCAACAGCAUUUCGCUGCUUAGUCGUAAUUUGUUGCUUUUCACUGUACUUAAAACGAUUGGGUCGUUUGACUCGGGGGCAUUUAGUGCGGCACUUGGAGCAGAGAACGGGAUUGCAGAGGAAUGGGGUCUGGGCACAGUACGGCAGGGAACGCUUAGCUCCAGUGUCUUUCUUGGCAAUAUUCUUGGCUGUCCACUGUCAGGCCACAUGUUUUCUCAUUAUAGCGCAAAAAGGGUGUUGGUAUGCUCUCUUAUUUUGCAUACAGCAUUUACCUUUUUCUUUGCGACGAUAACAAAUUACGGUUUUGCCUUGCUUUGUAGGUUUCUCAUUGGGAUUACCUUAUCGUUUGUUAUAGUGUAUACACCUGUGUGGGUGGAUAUAUUUGCUCCACGUGAUCGUCAAUCGGUGUGGAUGGCUUCACAUAAUGCUGGAGUGCCACUUGGUAUUAUGCUUGGCUAUACAUGUGGUGCCUUUCUGCCAUCGUAUACCAAUAUAAAUUGGGAAUGGGCAUUCUAUAUCAAAUGUAUAUUUACAAUACCAGCAAUGGCGUAUCUUAUGCGAGUAGACUCCUUCUCCAUUGAUCGGCCUCGUAGAAAUAGGACCGAGGCGGCACCUACAUUUGCUACAUCUGCUUUGGCGGACAUGAGUGCAACAGAGCGGGUCUUAAAUGUUCUUCAUUCUAACUUUUUGUUGAUAUGGAGAUCCUGUGUUCCUCUAUUUCGGAAUAAGGAGUAUAUGUGUAGUACACUCUCCAUGUGUUCCCUGUAUUUUGUUGUGACCGGACUGCAGAACUUUUUGACGCAGUAUCUUCGUGACGAUCCAUUUAAUGCAUCCAUGAAAACGAUUAUGUUAGGGUUUGGCGGUGCGGUUGUGACGGCUCCUGUGCUUGGCGUCAUUGCAGGUGGAAUUUUGCUGGAUCGCAUCGGUGGAUACCAGAGAAAUUUACGACGUGUGACAACAUUUAUCUGUGCAUGGGGCUUUGUGACCGCCUUUUUUAGUGUAAUGUGUAUCUUUGUCACCAAUACGAUUACUUUUUUGAUUAUUAUGUCCAUUGUGCUCUUUUGCGGUGGCGCCAUUAUUCCUCCAGGGAGCGGAAUGGUGGUGACGUCUGUCCCUGAACAUCUUCGUCCCGCAGGCGCCGCUUUCUCGCAGAUGAUGUAUAAUCUGUUGGGUAAUUUUAGCGGCCCGAUGGUGUGCGGGUACGUGGCGCAAUGGACCGGGCAACUGCGGUACGGCAUCUACACGGUUCUCUGCUGCAGUUCUGUUGGUCUCGUCCCAAUGUUGGUGCUACUGUUUAAGGCGUGGUCCACGCCAGACGUGUCAACGCCGUCGCUCCCGCCAUUGUUUGCCCGAGGGCGAUACCCGCAGCGGACAGCCGUGAGAGAUGCCUCGUUGAUGGUUGGAGCGAAAGCCCUGGACGGGAUGAGAGGUGAAUCCCCGCGCAUCGGACGCUCAAGUGAGGAGGUCCUGCCGGUCAUCGUGGAGACCGCCACAAGAAGCAGAAACAGCAGCAGCAGCAGCAGCAGCAGCAGCAUAGCCACCCUAGAAAUCACUGUGGCUCCUAUCAAUUCCAUGGCGGUGGUACCGAAUUCAGUGAUUUAUCUGCCAAAGAAAUUUUCACGUCCCAAGAAACCCGCAGUCACGCCCUUUGUUGAAGUGAAUGACAGUCUCGCCCCAUCACACGAGGAACAGGAACAAAAACAGGAGCCAGCCGCCACGUUUACGGAGGAUGAGACUCCGGAGAUUGUCAAUAUACUCAGCGGAGAAGAAGUGGCGGUGGCGUUCAGAGGAAGAGGCCCCGGUGAAAAUGGAGUGAUGAACGGGUAUGGUGAGCAGUUGAUGCUUCAAAGGGAGGCGCUGGAAUGUGUGAACGAUGAAGUUGAUUUGAUGAUGGAGACCGACGCUGCGCAGAUGAUGUCGUUUCCCAAUCAGCACAACUUUGGACUUGAUAUUUUAUUCUCAUUGCUGAGCAACACAUCGCUUCGGCACACGUCGUCACGACGUGGCAGCUCCCACGUGGCGCCGUCGAACACGGAACAGUUAGAAGAUGCGGAUAUGGACAGCGCCACGGGGAUGCCCCGCGGCGGGAGUGAUCUCAAUGCGAUGAGUCGAAGUUUAACACCAGAGGUUUAG